UGGACAAAGAGAUGCCACCAAUGUUCCAACAUCAAACAGUUAAACACCAACACAACCAAAACACCCUUUCAUCCUCCAUUUAAAUUCAACCGCCACCAACCACCGCUUCCGCCACCGUCCACUACCACCACCACGGAGGAUCAAAGAAGUCAAUCGUCCUAUCAAAUCGAUCAAAUUGAUCGAAUCAUCGAAUCAUAUCGAUCCAAUUGUAGAAUUCCGAAUUCUCUCUCCUCCUCUCUCCAACAAUGGCGUUAAACAUGAAAACCCUAACCCAAGCAUUAGCCAGAACAGCAGCAGUGAUCGAGAAAACAGUCUCAACAACCGUACAAGAAGUUACCGGCCCCAAACCCUUGCAAGACUACGAACUAGUUGAUCAGAUUGGAUCAGCCGGCCCAGCUCUCGCGUGGAAAUUGUACUCCGCCAAACCGCGUGGAUCGUCUACUGGUAGUCAAUAUUCCGCGGUUUGUGUCUGGUUGCUCGAUAAGCGGGCCCUCACCGAGGGUCGAACUCGGGCCGGGUUGUCGAAGGCGGCGGAGGAUUCGUUUUUAGAUGUUUUGCGAAAUGAUGCCGGUCGAUUGGUUAGAAUCCGGCAUCCUGGUGUUGUUCAUGUGGUUCAGGGGUUGGAUGAGACUAAGAAUGCAAUGGCGUUUGUUACUGAGCCGAUGUUUGCUUCUGUGGCUAAUGUUCUUGGGGAUUUGCAUAAUAUUGAGAGUGUUCCAAAAGAGCUCAAGAGUGCUAUGGAGAUGGGAUUGCUGGAAGUCAAACAUGGGUUGCUUCAGGUUGCCGAAUCUUUAGAGUUCCUUCAUAAUAAUGCUCGUCUUGUUCAUAGAGCGAUUUCUCCCGAGAGCAUCUUAAUUACUGCUAGUGGAGCCUGGAAGCUUGGUGGUUUUGGUUUUGCAGUUUCCACUGAUCAGGCAUCAGGUGGUUCAUCAAGUACGCAGGCCUUCCACUAUGCUGAAUAUGAUGUGGAGGAUUCCAUUCUUCCGCUACAACCAUCUCUUAAUUAUACUGCCCCUGAGUUGGUUCGCAGUAAAGAGUCUUCAGGUGGACGCUUGUCAGAUAUUUUCAGUUUUGGAUGCCUUGCCUAUCACUUGAUUGCUCGUAAGCCUUUAUUGGACUGCCACAACAAUGUCAAGAUGUACAUAAAUACGCUGAACUAUUUAUCUAGUGAGGCAUUCUCAUCCAUCCCGCCAGAGUUGGUUCCAGACCUACAAAGGAUGCUUUCAUCUAAUGAGUCUUUGAGGCCUUCAGCUAUGGAUUUUACAGGUUCAUCUUUCUUCCGAAAUGAUACAAGAUUGCGGGCGCUUCGCUUCUUGGACCACAUGCUUGAAAGAGAUAACAUGCAGAAGACUGAGUUUUUAAAAGCAUUGUCGGAUAUGUGGAAGGAUUUUGACUCAAGAGUGUUGCGGUAUAAGGUCCUACCACCUCUUUGCGCUGAACUUCGAAAUGUGGUAAUGCAACCAAUGAUAUUGCCAAUGGUCCUCACAAUAGCAGAAUCCCAGGACAAACAAGAAUUUGAGCUGUCUACCUUGCCAGCUCUUGUUCCUGUCUUCAGUUCUGCUUCUGGCGAAACACUGUUACUGCUUGUGAAGCAUGCUGAGCUAAUUAUAACCAAGAGUAGUCAUGAAGACCUAGUCUCACGUGUGCUUCCCAUGCUUGUUCGUGGUUAUGAUGACACUGAUCCUCGCAUACAAGAGGAAGUUCUGAAAAGAACACUCUCUCUUACAAAGCUUCUGGAUCCUCAGUUGGUGAAACAAGCAAUAGUUACUCGUGUACAUGGCCUGGCUCUCAAGACCACUGUCGCUGCAGUGAGAGUAAAUGCAUUGCUGUGCUUAGGGGAGUUGAUUCACACACUUGAUAAAAGUUCUAUCCUAGAAAUAUUGCAAACGAUUCAACGGUGCACAGCUGUUGACCGUUCACAGCCAACUCUUAUGUGUACUCUUUCGGUCGCUAACUCUAUCUUAAAGCAGUAUGGAACAGAGUUUGUGGCGGAACAUGUUCUCCCUCUUCUCACUCCUCUUCUAAUCGCUCAGCAAUUAAAUGUCCAACAGUUUGCAAAGUAUAUGGCCUUUGUUAAGGACAUUUUAAGGAAAAUAGAGGAGAAAAGAGGAGUAUCUGUCACCGAAUCUGGCAUACACGAGGUCAAAUCAUCUCCUGCACUUGGAUCUAUGAUGAAACAACCUACUGAAAUGAAUGGAACACACUCAGUUUCAGCUGUAAAGAAGAGUCAUUCAUGGGACGAAGACUGGCCUGUGACAAAGAAAUCAGACACAACCAACCAAUCUUAUUCAGCAAAUGUAUCAUCUUCAACAAAGCCUGUUGAUGAGAAUCGUUUGACAAAUGGUGUAUCCGUGCAUUCCAAUUCAUCGGUAUUACCUUCUAUCUCUGAUUCACAAAUGAUGAAUUCUUGCCCGUCAAUCGAUAUUGAAUGGCCACCUCGAACAUCUGGUGUAACUUCUCAAACAAGUAAUUAUGAGACACCAAAUCAGAGCGCAUCUACUGCAUCUACUGCAAGUGUUGAUGAAAUUGAUCCUUUUGCUGACUGGCCCCCUCGACCUAAUACUGGUUCUGGAAAUUUAAACAAUGGGAUUUCAGGACUAUCCACUAACAAGCUUGUGUCUGGUUCUAGUUCUAGCACAGGUUCAUCAAACAGUGCAUAUUUCCAGAACAACAAUUUAUCAAACAGUGCAUAUUUCCAGACACCAAGUUUUGCUGAGCCAUCAAAACAAUAUCAGGGAGGUUCAGGGUUGAACAACCUGGGUUUUGGUAAUGGGCAAACUUUAGGUGGUCUAAAACAAAACCAAGGCAGUUAUAGUUCAGGGAAUUCGAAAGAUCUCGGUUCCAUUUUCUCAUCUGCCAAAAAUGACCAAACUGCCCUUAGACUGGCUCCACCACCCUCGACUGCUGUUGGUAGAGGAAGGGGACGAGGCAGAGGUGCUCAAGGUCAUCCCGGUGCUACAUCAGGUGCGCGUAAGGCAUCAACUUCUGAGCAGCCACCACUUAUGGAUUUGCUAUAAGAACAAGCAAGUACCCAUGAUGCAUAAUUGCAUAUGUAAUGAACUGGGUAAAUGUCAAAGAUAACAAGUUUGAGGAUCAGUGAUGCAUUGAUGCAUAUGUAAUGAAACUGGGUAAAAGUCAAAGGAUAACAAGUUUGAGGAUCAGUGAUGCCGAUAGGUACGUACAAAUGCCACGGAAAUCAAGUAAAGUUGCUAAUUCUUCGGCGAAAAAUUCCAGCCAUUGGAUGAUAAUAAACUUGUCACUUCCAUUGUAUCAGCUGUUGAAUUUUGUAUUUGAAAAUAUUACCUACAGUAUUCAUUUUCUGCCAUUUGGUAAAUUUUUUCCUUUAGAUUUUUUGGAUGGCCAGCCUUGUAAUAUAAUGACGUUGAGCUGCAUCCUGAAAUGAAAAAAAACUACAUAGGGAGAGUCCGUGAGCGAUUUUUUUUUUUCUUUUUUUUUUUCGGGGUUGGUUACAACUCUUAGAAGAGUGUUAAAUAGCCUUGUACUGCGUAAUAAACAAAUUAAGAUUGUUAAUUGUACUCUCAUUUUCUUUUUUUCUA